UGGGCAAAACCAUCCAGACGAUCUCGCUGCCGGCUCACCUGGCCUGCGAGAAAGGCAGCUGGGGCCCUCACCUGAUCAUCGUGCCCACCUCGGUGAUGCUCAACUGGGAGAUGGAGCUCAAGCGCUGGUGCCCCAGCUUCAAGAUCCUCACCUACUACGGCGCGCAGAAGGAGCGGCGCCUCAAGAGACAGGGCUGGACCAAGCCCAACGCCUUCCACGUGUGCAUCACCUCCUACAAGCUGGUGCUGCAGGACCACCAGGCGUUCCGCAGGAAGAACUGGAAGUACCUGAUCCUGGACGAGGCGCAGAACAUCAAGAACUUCAAAUCGCAGCGCUGGCAGUCCCUGCUCAACUUCAACAG